AUGGGGACACUAUGGUUUGGAGAAAUCAAGAAACAAGCCUCUUUGUUUCUUCAAGACAAGUACAAUGUUGCUAGACUUGUCCUCACCGAUGUUACUGAAGCUGAGCUGUUAGUAGAAGAAGUGACAAAUGAUAAUCCUUCUUCUCCAGAUGCUAAAACGAUGACUAAAAUAGCUGAGGCAUCGUUUGAUACAGUGGAUUAUUGGAGAAUUGUGGAUGUUCUUCACAGAAAAAUAGAGAAAGGAGAGAUGAAGAAGUGGAGAGAGGCGUAUAAGGCAAUGGUGUUAUUGGAGUUUCUAUUAACACAUGGUCCUCUUCAUUUGCCUCAUGAUUUUCUUUAUGACUUGGAUCAUAUUCGUUUCCUCUCUACUUUCCAAUACGUUGACGAUAAUGGAUUUGAUUGGGGAGCUCAAGUUCAGAAAAAAGCUGAUCAGAUUCAAACCCUUCUUCUAGGGAAAGAGGAAUUGAGAGAAGCUCGUCUCAAAGCCCUCAAAACCACCUCCCAAAUCAAUGGCUUCGGAAACUCCAUCAACAACUUUUCUUCUCUUCCGUCUCCUUCACCGGACUCGCUCUCUCACCGGAGAUGCUCCGAUUCGACAAAAACCGAACGAGAAUGGCCUGUAUCCGAAUCCGAUUCGUUGAUCGGCGAUGAAGACGACAGUAAUCUCGCCGGUGAAGAGACGCUGAUCGGCGGUAUCUGCUCUAAGCUAGCCGGAUUUAGUCCUCUGAAGAAACUUCACGGCGGUCCUACGGCGGCGGGAUUUCAUACCUUGUCGAACGUUGAGAGAGUUUCCAGUAAAUGUUACGAUCGCCGCAAUUCCAUCGGCUACUAAAUUUAAUUCGGUUCGGU